UAUCCCGAGAGGUAAUGAAACUUCACUCCGCCGGUGGAUGACGCUGGCUGCGGUAAAUAACAGAUUCCGUGCCCGAGCUCCCCCAACUACUUUUUUCAAAAGGACAUGCUUUCACGAUUUUGCCAGAUCGGUGCACGGCGCCAGAUUACAGCAGAGUUUGCCGGUCUAAGAAACGCACGGUCUGUGCGAUCGCCACAAUCAUCGACACUACUCACGAAUCGUCGCUUGGGUACUCGCAAAUACUCUUCAGAGAAAGAAAAACCCGAACACAAUAAUAACAAAAAAGAACACAACGAAGACGAUAAGCCAUUCAACGUACCCAAGGGUUUCGAAGGCUUUUUUGGCAAAGGCAGCAGCAACAAUGGCCGAAAAGCAGCAGCCGAUCAACACGCUAAACGAUCGGCCGACCAAGUUCCCAAACCACCAAGGAACGAAGGUGGUGGCGGUAGCAACAACAGUAACGGUGGUGGCAACAAGCCUCCAGAGGUUCAAAUCAAUGUCAACACCGUUGUCGGCACGGCAUUGGGUACCUAUGUUUUGUGGAAAAUGACUUCACCCAGCGAAGACUCUCGCGAAAUCACAUGGCAAGCAUUCCGCUCGUCAUUGCUUGACAAGGGUAUGGUCGAUCGACUUGUUGUCCUCAACCGCAACCGAGUUCGCGUACAUUUGCGUCCAGAGGCUACGUCGCUUGGCGUUUCGCCCGCACAGACGUUCUAUUUCAGCAUUGGCUCAGUCGACAGCUUUGAGCGCAAGUUGGAAGAAGCACAAAAUGAACUGCAGAUCCCAUCGAGCGAGCGUAUCCCCGUAUCAUACCGCGAUGAGAUCAGUCUCCUCAACACGAUGCUUCACUUUGCACCCACAUUGCUUUUGAUUGGUGUGCUGUACUACAUGACCAAACGUGGUCCAGGUGGUGGUGGACAGGGUAUCUUUGGCAUAGGCAAGAGUCGCGCCAAAAUGUUCAACCAGGAAAAGGAUGUCAAGGUCAAGUUCAAGGAUGUUGCAGGCGCCGACGAAGCCAAGGAGGAAAUUAUGGAAUUUGUCAAGUUCUUGAAGAACCCAGCUGCAUACGAACGAUUGGGUGCUACUAUCCCCAAGGGCGCCAUCUUGUCGGGUCCACCUGGUACUGGUAAAACGCUGCUUGCCAAGGCCACAGCCGGUGAAGCUGGUGUGCCCUUCUUGAGCGUAUCCGGUUCUGAAUUCGUCGAAAUGUUUGUCGGUGUCGGUCCCUCGCGUGUACGUGAUUUGUUUGCCACAGCCAAGAAGAAUGCCCCUUGUAUCAUCUUUGUCGACGAAAUUGAUGCCAUUGGUAAAGCACGUGGCAAGGGCGGCCAUAUGGGCGGUAACGACGAACGUGAGAGCACGUUGAACCAGCUUCUUGUCGAAAUGGACGGUUUUGAUUCGAGCGAACACGUCGUGGUUCUGGCUGGUACCAAUCGACCUGACGUCUUGGAUCCUGCUUUGCUGCGUCCUGGCCGUUUCGAUCGACACAUUGCUAUUGAUCGACCCGAUAUUGGCGGCCGUGCACAAAUCUUCAAGGUCCAUCUCAAGCCCAUCAAGACCACUGUUGAUCUUGAGCAACUGUCGCGCAAAUUGGCUGCAUUGACGCCUGGUUUCUCUGGUGCCGAUAUCCACAACGUGUGUAACGAAGCUGCUCUUAUUGCUGCCCGACACUUGAAGGACGAAGUUGACGAGAGUGAUUUCGAGCAAGCCAUCGAACGUGUCAUUGCUGGUCUCGAAAAGAAGUCGCGCGUUUUGUCGCCCGAAGAAAAGAAGACAGUUGCCUAUCACGAAGCUGGUCACGCCGUUGCCGGUUGGUACUUGCAAUAUGCCGAUCCGUUACUGAAGGUGUCAAUUAUUCCGCGCGGUGUGGCUGCUUUGGGUUAUGCCCAGUACUUGCCGAAGGAUCAAUACUUGUUCAGCGAAAAGCAGUUGCUGGACCGCAUGUGCAUGACUCUGGGUGGCCGUGUUUCGGAACAGAUCUUCUUUGAUACUAUUACCACGGGCGCCCACGAUGAUUUGCAAAAGGUGACCAAGAUCGCCUAUGCCCAAGUCACGACUUACGGUAUGAACAAGAAGGUCGGUCCAAUCUCGUUCAACGAUCCACAAGGCGAGCAGCAGUUCCAGAAGCCAUUCUCGGAGCAAACCGGCACGCUGAUUGAUAACGAGGCACGAAACCUGGUGAACGAAGCGUAUACCCGCACUGUAGAUCUGCUCACAGAACGCAAGGAAGACGUCGAAAAGGUUGCAAAACUGUUAUUAGACAAGGAAGUUAUCACACGUGAGGACAUGGAGAACUUGCUGGGCAAACGUCCGUUCGUCGAAAAGACUGUAUAUGAUGAAUAUGUUCGACCAAAAAAGACAUCACAACCCCCACCAUUCCCUGAAGAUACUCCCUCCGGGGACGUCAGCUCGUCGCCAUAAAACUCUACUAUAGACUACCAUCGCAAUAACAAGAAAAAAUUACACUAGUUUUAUAUAUGCAUCGAUAAAAAAGUAAGAGGCUGUUAAAUAAAGAAGCAUUUCAUUUUGACA